AUGGGGGGCAGGGCAGCAGUGGCGGCGCAGUGGGUCGGGGCGGUGGCGGAGCAGCAGGUCGAGGGCUCGGGGGAUUGGGGAUUGGGCUCGGCCGGGGAGGAGGCGCCGCUCGGGGGGAAAGGGAUAGAGGGGGGAAACCUAACCCUAAAAUCUAGGGAUUUGUUCCCUUCCGCCUCCGCACUCACCCCCACCUCGGGAUUCAUCCUCAUCCAAUCAGUGCGUGUGAGCCCGAUCCAAAUCCUCUCGAUCUCUCCCCACCAACCCGAGGCCUCCCCUCGAUCCAGCCCUCCUCUGCCUUCCUGCCCGUUCUGGAUCGGAGCCCGAGCAGAUGAGCUCCGUUCCCCAUCGCGCUUUUCUCCUCCGCCCUGUCUCGCCCGGUGCCUGAUUUGCAUCGCGUCCCAAGCCAGCUGCAAGCGGCCCCGAGCAGCCUCCCUCGCGCGCGCCCCGCAGGAGCUCGAUCCCGAGCGGGUCGAGCUAGCCGUCCCCGUCAGUGAUGAGCAGCAGCAGCUCCCGCAGCUCCGGCUAGCCAUGCCAUUGCUCCUCCGCCGGCCUGCUCCCUUCGUCUCCGUCUCCGCAAGAUCCGACGAGGCCCCUGCAUUCCUGCCCUCGUCUGUUGCUCUCCCGGCGACCAAGCUGCCGGAGCACUAGCGCCCUGUCGCCACCGUCAAGGACCACCAGGAGGAGCGCCCGUGCCCAGUCCGUCUUCGCGCCGGAGCGACGAGCCACAAGCCCCUGUGCCUCUUCCGCCAGAGGCCUACAGUCCUUGCGCCGCCGUCCCGCAUCGAGCCUUUGCGCCUCUCCGCCGCUGCCGGCGAAGACCACGGCCAGGUCGCCUCGCCCUGCUUCCUGUUUCGUUCGCGCAUAGCCGCCCUGAGGUCAACGCCCUGCCUCUGCUUCGUCUUGAGCGCGUCCCUGCCUCAUUGACUCGCACAACGCCUCGACCGGCCGCUCUAGCGCCCCCUUCUACCCAACCCGUAACCAACCUGGGCCCAAGCCCACUGGGUGAGGCCACCCCCCUGAGCGCCUUCUUUUUUUCCUACUGUUGGGCCAUGCACUGUUGGGCUGCCCAGAUUCGGCCCAUUUCUAUUUUUUCCCCUGCUGCUGCGUUUUUAGCUUUUAUUCAGAGAAUUACCGUUUUACGGUUUGGUCCCUAAACUUCAUGCAUAUCGUAACUCACAAAUAGUGCAUCUUAUGUAAAAACUUUAUA